AAGUUCGGCUCAAACGCUGCCCUGUGAUUGGCUGAUCUGAAGGGGACGCCCUACGUCACUGUGCUGCCCACGGAUUGGCGGAGGGAGAACCCCCCCCCUCCCCCGCCCCCUAUACCCAGCCUCAGCCUCCUGCUCCGGAGCUGUGAAGACGCUCUGGUUGUUAAGACGAUUCGUCCCGCCUUCUAGGGACCUAUUUUAGCUUUGUUAUUGGCUGCUAGUAUCAAGGAAUCCCGGCGUGGACAGCGCGAGGGAAAAGAUGGCGGCGAUGGCGGUCGGAGGUGCCGGUGGGAGCCGCGUGUCCAGCGGGAGGGACCUGAAUUGCGUCCCCGAAAUAGCUGACACACUGGGGGCUGUGGCCAAGCAGGGGUUUGAUUUCCUCUGCAUGCCUGUCUUCCACCCGCGUUUCAAGAGGGAGUUCACUCAGGAACCUGCUAAGAAUCGGCCCGGCCCCCAGACACGAUCAGACCUACUGCUGUCAGGAAGGGAUUGGAAUACGCUAAUCGUGGGAAAGCUUUCCCCAUGGAUUCAUCCAGACUCAAAAGUGGAGAAGAUCCGCAGGAACUCGGAGGCGGCCAUGUUACAGGAGCUGAAUUUUGGGGCAUAUCUGGGUCUUCCAGCUUUCCUGCUGCCCCUUAAUCAGGAAGACAACACAAACCUAGCCAGAGUUUUGACCAACCACAUCCACACUGGCCACCAUUCUUCCAUGUUCUGGAUGCGGGUACCAUUGGUGGCACCAGAAGACCUGAGAGAUGAUAUAAUUGAGAAUGUACCAACUGCCCACACAGAAGAGUACAGUGGGGAAGAGAAGACAUGGAUGUGGUGGCACAACUUCCGAACUUUAUGUGACUAUAGCAAGAGAAUUGCAGUAGCUCUUGAAAUUGGGGCUGAUCUCCCAUCUAAUCAUGUCAUUGAUCGUUGGCUUGGGGAGCCCAUCAAAGCAGCUAUUCUCCCUACCAGCAUUUUCCUGACCAAUAAGAAGGGAUUUCCUGUUCUUUCUAAGAUGCACCAGAGGUUGAUCUUCCGGCUCCUCAAGUUGGAGGUGCAGUUCAUCAUCACUGGCACCAACCACCAUUCAGAGAAGGAAUUCUGCUCCUACCUCCAGUAUUUGGAAUACUUAAGCCAGAACCGCCCUCCACCAAACGCCUAUGAGCUCUUUGCCAAAGGCUAUGAAGACUAUCUGCAGUCCCCGCUUCAGCCGCUGAUGGACAAUCUGGAAUCUCAGACAUACGAAGUAUUUGAAAAAGACCCCAUCAAAUACUCUCAGUACCAGCAGGCUAUCUAUAAAUGUCUCCUAGACAGAGUACCAGAAGAGGAGAAGGAUACCAAUGUCCAGGUACUGAUGGUAUUGGGAGCAGGCCGGGGUCCCCUGGUGAAUGCUUCCCUUCGGGCGGCCAAGCAGGCUGACCGGCGGAUAAAGCUAUAUGCUGUGGAGAAAAACCCAAAUGCUGUGGUGACGCUAGAGAACUGGCAGUUUGAAGAAUGGGGAAGCCAGGUGACAGUAGUCUCAUCAGACAUGCGGGAAUGGGUGGCUCCAGAGAAGGCAGACAUCAUUGUCAGUGAGCUUCUGGGCUCCUUUGCCGACAAUGAACUAUCACCUGAAUGCCUCGAUGGAGCACAGCAUUUCCUGAAAGAUGACGGUGUGAGCAUCCCUGGGGAGUACACUUCCUUCCUGGCUCCCAUCUCUUCCUCUAAGUUGUACAACGAGGUCCGAGCCUGUCGGGAAAAGGACCGUGACCCCGAGGCCCAGUUUGAGAUGCCUUAUGUGGUACGGCUGCACAACUUCCACCAGCUGUCUGCACCCCAGCCCUGUUUCACUUUUAGCCAUCCCAACAGAGAUCCUAUAAUUGAUAACAACCGCUACUGUACCUUGGAGUUUCCGGUGGAGGUGAACACAGUGCUACAUGGCUUUGCAGGCUACUUUGAGACUGUUCUUUAUCAGGACAUCACUCUGAGUAUCCGUCCAGAGACUCAUUCUCCUGGGAUGUUCUCAUGGUUUCCUAUCCUCUUCCCCAUUAAGCAGCCCAUUUCAGUGCGGGAAGGUCAGACCAUCUGUGUGCGUUUCUGGAGAUGCAGCAAUUCCAAGAAAGUAUGGUACGAAUGGGCUGUGACAGCACCAGUUUGUUCUGCUAUUCACAACCCCACAGGCCGCUCGUACACCAUAGGCCUCUAGCCCUAUGUGCAAUGUCUACGGCUUUGGAAGCAGCUUUAGGUUCUGUUCCUAGAACAAGAAGGUGCAGUGUGUCUCUUGGUGCAGUCCAUCUAUGAAGCCUUCGCUCAUCAGAGAAGCACACUUCAGUCUUUCCUACCUUACAUCAGGGUAGUCAAGGGAUAAGGGUUAAUUGCGUGGCUCAUGCCACCAAUCUGUGAAGGCCUCAGUUCAGAACAUGAGGAAUUAGUAAUGCUGGAUCUGAUGCUACAUCAACUGGCACUCAGCCUCAAGAGAACAUGUGGACUGAACACAUUUUCAGUCCUUUCCCUGCCCUCCUCUGUUCUUGUUUUGAUGGUUUGUGUAAGAAGGAAACACAAAUAAAGUGAAGUUAUGGCCCUUUCUUGCUCUAUCCUGAUGCUCCCUGCCUGUUUUCCCACACCUCACUUAGAUCCAGGCAUGUUUAGGUCUGUGCCCUUAUCCUGUCCAAGACCUAAGGGGUCUAGCUUUAAUUUCCCACUUAAGCUGAGUGAGAGUUGGUGUAGCUUAGUGGUAGAGUGUUUAUCUGACAUGUAUGCAUGAGGUCCUCCUCCAUCCCCAGCAACAACACAUAAAGUUGAGAGGUAACUCUUGGACUCCUAGAUACAGGCCUUUCUGACCAGUCCAUUACAACUUUUGGUUAGGCUCUUCUCUGGAGAGAAGGCAUAGAAUUUGACAGGGAGGAGCUUCCCUUCUGCUUUUUUGAGAUGCUGUACUGCCACCCCCAUUGUUAAUUCUUGGGAGAGAAACUGGAAGCCAUUCAGGUAUCUCCAACAAGAGCUACUAUUUUGUUUGAAUAAAAUCACAGGGUUGGUGGUUGCUGAUGGCUCACAUCUGUAAUCCUAGCUACUUAGGAGGCAGA